GCAUUUCUCGUGUUCCUCGGUCUUGACAAACAUCCAAACAAAACUAUCUUUCAUGCUAUCCCUGGGUGUUUUCCCAUGAAUCUAGCCUUCCUAUUUGUUUAAAUAAAGUUAACACCAACCGAUUCUUUUUCUUUUUUGUUCUUUUCAUCCUACUCAAUCGUUCAAAAUGGUGGGUGAGUCUACUUCGUUACCUGAUCAGUUCUUUGACACCUCCGCCGAACAGUUUGGCGAAACAAAAUUCUUGUCAACUGGAGUAGAAUCUCCUGACGACAUCUUCAGUAUUCUCGAGGCAUUAGAGGGUGUUUCUGAUGAGUUCACAGCCUUCACACCUCUACAUGAGACUGAUUGCGGCACCAAAGAGGGUGGUUUCCAUCAGCUUGCGUCCCAGAAGUCAACUUCUUCGAGUGCUGUACAGGAACUCGAGGAAAUGGAGCUUGAGGCCUUUUCACCGAGAAGCAAGAAACGGAAGGUGUCUUCCGCAGAAGAAGGCUGUGAAAACUCCGAUGGACAGUUAAAGAUGUCUCAUGUCACGGUGGAGAGGAACAGGAGAAAGCAGAUGAACGAGCACUUAACCGUUCUCCGGUCCUUAAUGCCUUGUUUCUAUGUCAAAAGGGGUGAUCAAGCAUCAAUAAUUGGAGGAGUAAUUAACUACAUCACUGAAUUGCAACAAGUGCUACAAUCUCUAGAGGCAAAGAAGCAAAGAAAAGUCUACAGUGAUGUGUUAAGCCCUAGGCUUAUUUCAAGCCCUAGAACCCUACCUCUCAGCCCUCGGAAACCCCCUUUGAGUCCGAGGCCAAGCUUGCCAAUAAGCCCCAGAACCCCACAGUCAGCGAGCCCUUACAGACAUAGGUUACCAUCUGCUACUUCUUACCUACUAUCUCCGUCAUCCAUGGCUAAUAUCACACCCGCUUCACCUUGUAACUCAUCCUCAAAUUCCGACACCAUUAACGAGCUCGUUGCAAAUUCAAAGUCAUCUGUCGCUGAUGUCGAGGUGAAAUUCUCAGGCCCUAAUCUUCUUCUAAAGACUUUAUCGCCAAAGUUACCAGGUCAAGCGACAAAGAUAGUGUCGGUUCUUGAAGACCUAUCUCUUGAAAUCCUCCAAGCUACAAUCAACACUGAUAAUGAAACAAUGGUCAACUCCUUUACCAUUAAGAUUGGAAUUGAAUGCAAGCUAAGUGCAGAGGACCUCGCCGAACACAUUCAGCUCACUUUUUGCUAGUACAGUUUCCGGUUCAAAUUCUUGGCCUUCUCUUAUUUGAUGGUUUUGCUGCGGUGAGAUCAUACUCGAUACAUGUCGUAUGAUGUUGAUGUGUAAUAUGUAUUGUGCAUGAUGCCGAUCGGAGUAAAAUACGAUCAUCUAACAUUGCAGGGAAGAUAAAAGAUGAUUUAGAACCCUAACAACAUCUACUUCGAUCUAUAUAUUUAUAGUAAUAAAAGAUUCGAGGGAGAUUUUCUAUCGAGUAGUUAAUUGAUCAAUGUAACUGUCACCUAGAUAAGUUGUAAAAUGUAUUUUGCGUUUGAUUAGUUUAACAUCUGUAUUACCUGUUAUCAAGUUAUUUUUGAAAAAAAUUGUUCUCGAUAUAUAAAAGUUUGAGACUACAUAUGCUUUGGGCUUUA